CAAGCGCGAGCUGAACGGGUGGGUUUGGAGGGCGACGGUUGAGCGUGGGGGUUUUUUUGUUUUUAUUUUUAGACGGAGUUGGGAGAUUCGGCCAUGGAGGCAGUUUCUCUUCAGCAGUUGGAAACGCUCAAAUACAGUGAGCUUCAGCGCCUGGCUAAAGGCGCGGGAUUGAAGGCUAACCUCAAGACUGACAAGUUGUUAAAGGUGUUGAAGCAGCACUUUUAUGAACUCACACAAGAAAAUGUAAAUACAGUCAACGAAAGUGGCUCCUCCUCUUCAACCAAUGCCGAGGAACCUGAUAGCAGUCAGACCUCUCUCAAUGUGACCUUUGUCAUCCAGAAUCAUACAAAGGGAGAUGGUGAUCAGGGAGAUCCAGAAGAAAACGCUAUUCAUGAGGAAAAUCCAGAAUGUUGUCCAGAGAAAGAGAUUUCUUCUGAGCUGAAAGAAAGUGAAAAGCCAAAAGAUGCUGGAUCUGAAAGGACACUGAAGAAGAACCAACCCGAGCGUUUGACAACCAGUGGAAUUUCAAACAAUGUACCCACUGAAAGUCAAUGUAAAGAGAGGAUUUGUACUAAACGCGGAAGAACUGAAAGUAAGAGUCUUGUGGAUCCUUUUUCUAGAAAGAAACUUAGGAACACAACUAAUCUACCAAAACAUGUGAAAACAGGAUUUGCUUCUCUCACUCCAAACUUCAAGAAAAUGCAUGAGGCCCAAUUCAAGAAAAUGCUAUCUAUUGAUGAUUAUAUUGAAAGGAAAACUAAAAGGAUUAAAAACAACAGUAAUUCAGUUGAGGUCAAGAUGGUGGCUAAGAAAAGUAAUUAUCUGAAGACUUCUCAGAAAAAAACUCCGAACAGUAAUUCCAAGACAAGUUUCAGUUUAUUAAGCCCUCAUCCCCAUGGGAACAAUCGUGUGACUACAUGUACCCCUGCAAACCUGCGGCGCUCACCACGGUGUUCUGUCAGUAAUGGAAAUAAGAGUAUUUUAAUCCGGAAAUCAGCAUUCAACUCAACUGGCUUCUCUGCAAUGAAAACUAACGUCAGAUUUUCAGAAACCACCAAGGAUAAUGAACACAAGCGCUCUCUUAUCAAGACUCCGUCUAGAAAAUCUCCGUUUCUGAAUAUGUUCACUCCAGAUAACCAGAGAAACUGGAUGUCAGUUUCUAGAAAGGAUUUUGGGGGAAGCACAACAAAAUGUCUCUUAACAGAAAGCGAUUCUGCUGUAAUCCACAAGUUUGAAGGGUCAACAGCAGAACCCACAAGCACCAAGAAGCCAUCAUUUGAUCUCAAAGCUAGUCUGUCGAGGCCACUUGGCUACCAGCCUCACAAAGGAAAACUGAAGCCCUGGAGUUCAGCAAAAGAAAAUAUCCAGAGAAAUUAUAAACAGCCUGUUCCUACAACUCGAGAGGAGAGACGAGAGAGACAUGAGGAAGGGAGAAAACUGAGAAAAGACAAGGCAUUUGGAAUCCGUAGAGGAUUGACUCUUGCUGUGUAAAUUAAAAAAAUUUUAUAUGUAUAAAUUGAAGAAAAAAUAAGUGUUUUCUUAAUUAAAGUAAUAUGGCCAUUGAUGGCUGUAAUGUUUUAAAA